AUGGCGGCUUCGAAGUCUUCCUUCCUUCUAAUGGCUUUCCUCGGCGCGCUUGUCUGCACGGCUUCUGCGGCCAGGAGACUCGCCGGUUCCGACAACGACGCCACCUUCCGUGAUCAGAAGCAGUUCUUUCCGGGAUUCGGCGGCGGCGGCGGCUACGGCGGCGGCGGCGGCUUAGGUGGACUCGGCGGAGGUGCGGGUGCUGGCGGCGGCUUUGGUGGGGGGCCUUUUGGAGGCGGCGGAUUUGGAGGCGGUGGCGGUGGUGGAGGAGGGUUGGGUGGUGGGUUUGGCGGCGGAGCCGGUGGAGGAUGGGGUGGAUUCCGGCCAUGA